AUGUUGGGAUGUUGCUUUCCGCCUCUUCGCAUGUGUCUUGAGUGUGUUCAAGGCCCUAGUUUUGCCGCAACUCAGAGUUAUGCACAAUUCCAAGACGACUCCAGAAGCGUGAAGUUGGAUACUUCAUUUAUGGGCGAUGAGACGGUUCUGUUGAAAAAUGGUCAACGGAUUUGUGGUACUGGAGGAGCUCUAGGUACAGCUCCUAUUGUUCAAAACAAAGCAUAUUUUCAAAUUAGCGUCCAGCAAGGAGGAGUUUGGGGUGUUGGAUUAGCUAAUCGUUCUGUAAAACUAAACGUGGUGCCACCUGAAGAAAACUGCUGGAUUUUAAGACAUACGGGAGAAUUAGUUGCUAAUGGAGAGGUUAUUGGAAAAAUUGGUGAAUCUUUGGAGGAAGGGGAUUGCAUAGGGGUCGCAUAUGACCACAUUGAUUUAAAGCUGUACAAAAAUGGGACGCUGCUGCAACCUACGUUAAACAGUAUCCGUGGACAGGUGUACCCUAUAGUUUAUGUGGACGACGGUGCCAUUUUGGAUGUUUCUUUCAGGUUGUUUUCUUACAAUGCACCCGUUGGUUAUGCAGAAAUAAUGGUGGAACAAACAUUGCUGUAA